GUUUGACGCAUCAUCUUCCAUCCGGUAGUAACAGAAAAUUUACCAGUUGGCCUACUUUUUAGGUGGUAAGGUGAGGUAGUGCCAAAACCAUCAUGAUGAACAAAACCACUUGCAUGGAUCCUCUGCAACACGUUUCUUCAUUCCUGAAGCCCAUCUUCAUUUUGGAGUUUAUUUUAGGGCUGCCUGGGAAUGUCUUUGCCCUUUGGGUUUUUUUCUUCAAGUCUCCAUGGAAAGCCGGCAACGUCUACCUGUUCUGUUUGGUCACAGCUGACUUCCUCCUGCUCAUCGGCCUGCCUUUCCGCAUAGAUUACCUCUUUCGUGGUGAAGACUGGAUAUUCGGUGAACACUUUUGCCGCUUCGUCCUCUACAUCAUAUCAGUGAACUACUCAGCCAGCAUGGCUUUCAUGACGAUUUUAGCAGUCGACCGCUUCUUCAGAAUACUUCGCCCACACCAUCCCAUUUGUCGACUGAGCGUGAGACAAGGAAUAAUGAUGGUUAGUGCAGUUUGGGUGGGAAUUCUCUUAAUUCGCCUUCCACCUGCUCUGACCCUGGAUCUUCAGUACCAUACAAACACUUCGAAGCUCACAUGUGAAGCUUCUCUCUCAUGGACAUCACCGUCCUUGGGAUUGAGGAUAUACAACUCAAUACACAUGACGGAGGUGCUGAUAGCUUUCAUACUGGUGCUCUUCUGCUUUGUGCGCGUUUUUUCUUAUGCCCGGGAACGCCAGUUGAAGGCCCAUCGCAGGGUGAAUCGAGCAGUCAGGUUGCUUUUGUUUAUUGUGAUCAUGUUUGUUUUCUGUUUCCUACCGACUGGCAUAUCUGGUAUUUUGCUUCAAGGGUUUCCCUGUUCUGAAUACCUACAGUUAAGUCUCCAUAUCUCUUUAGCUAUAACCUACAUGAACAGUGCACUGGAUCAAGUCAUCUACUGCCACAGUAAUGCCUGGUUUAGAGAUACUCUUAAAGCCAAAUCCAAUUCCGUGGUCCAGACGCAGUUCAAGAUGAGUUUCAAGACCAAUAAAAAACCUAAACCUUAACCGGGGAAACAGCCAAAUCCAAUUCCGUGGUCCAGACGCAGUUCAAGAUGAGUUUCAAGACCAACAAAAAACCUAAACCUUAACCAGAGAAACAGUAAAUAUAAACUCAUCAUGUUAUUAAUUAGAUAUGUAUGUGUUGUACAUAUACAGCCACAGAAAUUAUUAGGAGACCAUUUUAUAAUUAUUUUCUGAAUUGACUAUUUAUAGAUGUGUUUAGGUAAAAUAAUGAACUACUAACAAUAUUUCUACCAAAUUUCAAGUAAAGUUAUAGUUUCUAUUUGCAUUUAUUUGCAGAAAAUAAAAACUGGAGCAACAGGUCAAAAUAACAGAAAAUAAGUUCAUAUUCACUUUUAAGCAAGACAACAGUAAUAUAAUUUGUACAUAUAUUUAGGAAAAGUUAGAAAAUUAUUUUUUUAUGUUAUAACCUCGAUUUUUACCAUGUUUGUCAUGAGUCUUGUGAUGCUGUCAGUCUUUCACAUUGCUGUUGGAGACUUUGUCACUCCUGAGGUUUGAGUU